CCCGGAUGAAGAGUAACGCCAUUGCCGCCGGAGCCGCCGAGAACACUCGCGGACGCGACUGGACAGUGGACCGGCCGCGCCAUGAGACUCCUCCCACGCCUGCUUCUGCUGCUCUUGCUGGUGUUUCCCGCCACCGUGUUGCUCCCGAGCAGCCGGGCAGGGUCAUUAGUAGUGGCUCAAGAUCUUACAGAAGAUGAAGAAACAGUGGAAGAUUCAAUAAUUGAAGUUGAAGAUGAUGAAGUUGAGGUAGAAGAAGAUGAACCCACAGAUUUGGCGGAAGAUAAAGAGGAAGAAGAUGUGUCUGGUGAACCUGAAGCUUCACCAAGUGCAGAUACAACUAUUUUGUUUGUAAAAGGAGAAGAUUUUCCAGCAAAUAACAUUGUGAAGUUCCUGGUAGGCUUCACAAACAAGGGUACAGAAGAUUUUAUUGUUGAAUCCUUAGAUGCCUCGUUCCGUUAUCCUCAGGACUACCAGUUUUACAUCCAGAAUUUCACAGCUCUUCCUCUGAACACUGUAGUGCAGCCCCAAAGACAGGCAACUUUUGAGUAUUCCUUCAUUCCUGCAGAGCCCAUGGGUGGAAGGCCCUUUGGUCUGGUCAUCAAUUUGAACUACAAGGAUUUGAAUGGCAAUGUGUUCCAAGAUGCUGUCUUCAAUCAAACAGUUACAGUUAUUGAAAGAGAGGAUGGGUUGGAUGGAGAAACAAUCUUUAUGUAUAUGUUCCUUGCUGGUCUUGGACUUCUGCUUGUUGUUGGCCUUCAUCAACUCCUAGAAUCUAGAAAGCGCAAGAGACCCAUACAGAAAGUAGAAAUGGGUACAUCAAGUCAAAAUGAUGUUGACAUGAGUUGGAUUCCUCAGGAAACUUUGAAUCAAAUCAAUAAAGCUUCACCAAGAAGGCUGCCUAGGAAGCGGGCACAGAAGAGAUCGGUGGGAUCUGAUGAGUAAAUGUUCCUUUGUGCAACAAUUCAGUCUGUACUUACCCUGCCCUAAUGUUUCUCGCCCGAUGAGAAUUAGUGCAGAGAAGUCAUACCACCAUAGAAGGCAACUACUACUUAUGUGUGGACUGAGCAAUCAGAGUCUGUGGCAAUAAUAUUGCUGAAAAUGCACUGCAUUCAUUUUUCUAAAAGUAACAAAUUUGGUUUUUUUUUAAACCAUUAAAAUCUAUGUGUGUGCGUGUGUAUGUGAGCAGUUGGUGUUACCAUAAUCAUUGUUGAACUACCUGAAAUCUGCCUUUAGAAUACUAAAUAUAGUGUUCUUGUCUCUUUUUAACAUUUUCUCAUUUUUGUCCCCAAACUCUGGAUAUUUGCUCUUAUGAAGUCUCACCUUGAACUAUUUUAAGGAAAUACUUUGUUUCUUCCUUGGAACCAUCUAGAUUGAGGCUCAAAUUAGCAGUUUGUUGUUGCUCUGCUAUAAGAAGUAUUCUAAAGGCAUGAACAGGAGUAGCUGCUUCAUUAGCAAUAGAAUUGUUUUGGUAUUCUGCUGCUGUUUGCAAUAAUGCACACCUCGAGAAAACUUACCAAACUUUAGGAAUUUGGGAAUUCUAGCAACAAAAUUGUGAAAUAUGAAAAUUUUGCUGACUUUGGAAUACAUAGUUUAACCCUGCCUCUUUUUUAAAAAAAGACAAAACAAAAGUAGUACAUUUGUGCAAACUGAGUUGUUGUGUCCUCCAUUGUUUUUUAUUUCUGACCCGGGACAAGCUCUGGAAUGAUGAGACCUAUUCUAAUGGUCUGUUUUGUUUUUUAAAGGGAGAAAAGUGUUCCAUCUGAAAAGUUGUCUUGCUUUGCCAACUAAGCAGAGCAAAUGAUAGGGCAGAGAUGCAUUUCAACUAGUCCUUGCCCACAAAAACAUGAAUUGAAAAGUUUUAAACUAGUUGUUUCUGAUCUGAUUUUUGGGGGGAGUGGAAGGGAUGUUGGUUAUUGACAUAUCUAUUUUUGGUUAUUGUGGGAAAAUUCAAGCACUUAAGACGUUGGAACCAAAUUAAAUUGGACUUUAUAAAAUCUUAGAGUUAUUCUUUACCUUGGUGUAGUAAAUUUAAGUUUGGCAUUACUGUCAAACUAGAUAAAAGGUAAAAUUUAGUAUGAGUAAAUAAGAGGAUUUCCCCUCUGUCUUUAAGCCAUACUUGUAUAUGAAAUUUUAAAGGCUCUUCAGUUCUUGACCUCUCCUUAAUCUCAUCUUCUUUGGUACAAUCCCCUCCACACACACUCAUGCCCACACACCCAAAGGAGGAAAACAGAGGCAAAACAAGAUACACAAAACCUUUUUUAAGCUGUUGAUGUGUUUAUUUAAACAUCUGAGCCAAAACCAAUGACAAUGAGUUUCUGUAUAAUUGUUAAUUACUUUGCAAGAGGGGCCAAGGAUAUAUGUAUAUAUAUAUAUGAACUGCUGGACUAUGAACUUUCUAUUCCUAUAAUAUAAAGUAAGUUUUAAUUGGGCUGUGUGUUUAUUUUGAAAAAGUUCUGUGGGGUCUAAGUAACUGCAUGUUUUCUGGCUUAAUGUAAUAUAAGAGACCCUUCUUAUUUUUCAGGAAACAUUUUCCAAAGCAUUUUAGUGAAUAUCUGUUUUUGAAACUACUAGAGCAUAGUGCAGUAAGGUGUGAUUACGAGAUGUUAAAUGGCCUGUGGAGUCUUCUUGAAUACCUGGUCAUGCACAGGCAAUCGCAAGGCCGAACUGGGCUCCAGCCGCCCUUCUCACCCUCAAGUCACUUGCCUUACACAUAGCAGUUCUUCCAUCUCUGACAUUUAAACUAGUAUAGAGUGGGAACGGUUGAAACUUAAAUCUUCAACUGCCAGGAGUGUACUAUAUAGCAUCAGUCAGAAUUUAGCAGCAAUCUAACUCCAUAAUAAAUGGAAUUCAAUUCCACACAUGGUUUGUUCAAGCACACUUAAUAAGUAGUCUAUUUUUAAAUGUCUUUUUAACAUGUAAAUGUUUGGAUGAAGUUUUUCUUAGUUUGAAUAUAUUCAUUUGCUACAUCAACCAUGAUUUCAGAAUUCUCCUUUUGAACAACUUGGUUUCAGAAUCUGUAAAAUGGAUAAUCUUGUGUAACAGACCUGUUAUCGAGAUAUGUGAGCAUAUGUGUUCAUAAAGAAUGGAUCUUGCUUUGAUUGUA